ACACACACAUAUCCACGCACACAUAUAUAUAGGUAUAUACAGAUACAUAUAAAUAUACACACACGGAAGGGGCCGACGGGCGGUGGCGACGACGGCUAGCCACCUCUCCUCCAUGGUUCUUUCGUUCAUUUCUUGUUUCGAUUUUCCCCUUCGAGUCAUGGAUUUUCCCGUCCUUCAAGUGCCGUUCAGAUCCUAACUUUUCCGUCGUUCCGCAGCCGCAGAAGCCGAGUUUCGGCCAAAUCUCCAGCAAGUCCAACUCGUCACUGAGUCAUGGAUCAUUCGGUGUACAUGGUUUGUCGUCUCUGAUCUUUAGGUUUCCUUCGAAUUUUGUAGGCAGCUGAACAUCAAGGCUUGGAAGAACUGCAGCAACAUAGGCAUGACUCAGGUCGUGGCCGAUUCGUGGUCGAACAAUCAGGCGGCUGAUGGUGUGACGGCAGCGACUAAACGAAUAGGAACAACCUCCUCUCCGAUUGCUUCUCCGCCUGCUCCCUCAACCUCAGAUGCUCCUGUUUCGUCUCCCUCCGGUACCGCCGUGCCUCCGUCAUUCUCUUUAGCUUCGAGAGAAUCUCCGUCAUCGAUUCCCAAUGGCGCCGCUUUGAAUAGAGUGACGGUCGGUGGACCUGUGGCUGGUCUCUUCUUCGUGUCGGCGUUUUUGCUUUAAAUCUGAUAUGAAAUUCCUAUAAGUUGAUGAUUUAGAGUUUAUUUUUGGUUUAUUCCUGGUUUUCUCUCAUCUUCCGGUCUGGGUUGGGGGUGGUGGUGACUGUUGUGUGGUUGUAUUCGUAUACAUAUAUGAAGAGAUGAAAAUGGUAGUUUGGUUAUUUAAAUAUUUUGAUAUUUUAUAAUUAAAAUUAAUAAAAUAGUAAAAGGUAAAAUGGACGUUUACAAGUUUUAAGGCUCUGUUUGGAUAAAAAAUUUCACAAGGGCUUACCCAAACCCCGGGGGUACUGUUUGUUAGGGGCAAAUAAUAAAAUAGUAGUGGGGAUUUGUCUACAAAACCUUGUGCAAAAACGUGAAUGUGAAGUAAAACGACAGCGUAUAUCAACAACCUCGAACGGCGUCGUCAAGAAGUCUGAUCCAACAACUUCUUCAAGCUCUGCAAGUCAUUCGAUUCAACUCUUGGAAGUUCCUCGUCGGUGAUCUGAACAAUGUCAUGGCUUGCUCGAUCCAUCGCAAACUCUCUCAGAUUCGACGACGAAGAUGAGCAAUCUAGAGAGAGAAACAACAAUCUAGAGGGAGAAAGAGACGACCAACACCAUCAGAUCGACUCAUCACCACCACCACCACCACCAGAUUCACCGCCAGCACGAGGCGUCAAAGAUGACCUGUCGGAGAUCACCAAAACCCUAACUCGCCAGUUAUGGGGCGUGGCAUCGUUUCUCGCUCCACCACCUGCCGAAGAACUCUCUCCGUCGCCCAAGGUCUCCAAUCCGGAAGGCACCGACACGGCGGGGAUUUCCGGAAUACGCAGCGACUUUGCGGAGAUCGGAGGGAAGUUCAGGAGUGGGAUUUCGAAGCUGUCGAGCAACAUAGCGGUGUCGGAUAUCACGAAGAUCGCUUCGGAUUUUCUUCAAUUCGGAGCGGAGCAGGAGGAUUAUGAUUCGGUGGGAGGUGCCGUCGGUGUCACGGAAGAAGUGGUGGCCUUCGUGAGGGAUAUCGCGAUGCAUCCUGAGACGUGGUUGGAUUUUCCAUUGCCUGAUGAUGAUGAUGAAGAUGAUGAUUUUGACAUGUCUGAUGUGCAACAAGAGCAUGCUUUGGCCGUUGAACGUUUUGCUCCAAGAUUAGCUGCUCUUAGAAUUGAACUUUGCCCAGGCUAUAUGAGUGAGGAUUCCUUUUGGAAGAUCUAUUUUGUACUUCUGCAUCCUCGACUCAGCAGGCAUGAUGCUGAACUCCUUUCGACACCCCAGGUAAUGAAAGCCAGAGCCUUGUUGACUGAGGGGUUACAGAACCGAAGAAGGGGCACUUCUUAUUCAGAGGACAUCAGUAACUCAACACAUGAAGACCAUCCUUAUGUACCAUCUAAUGCUCAAUCUGAGUCUGUGCCACUUGAGGCUUCCCCCAUUGCAUUAGCCACUUCCACAGUGGGAGCAGAUUUUGAGACUGAGAAGCACCCAAUCCCAAGUACUGAGAUUCAAAUUAUUGACAAGUCUGUUGUUGAGGAAGGUCCAGUGAACUGGACCAAUGAUGAAAGUUCUCAUUCUCGCUUCUCUAGUGUUCUGGAAGAGAAAUAUGAAGAUGACGGCGAUGAUUGGUUAAAGGAAGAAAGCUCUGAGAUUGUAAAUGGUGGAACCACCAUCCCUAUUGAAAAUGAUGAGGAUGUGUCAUUCAGUGAUCUGGAGGAUGAUGAUGAAGAUGUCCCUACAAGUUACAAAAAAGUAACAUCUGGAUCCGAUUCUUCAACAAAAGACUCGCGAGAUUGGGUUCAGUUGAGCAGAAGUUCUGCUGACUCUUCUAAGGAUAUCAGUGCUGUUAGUGUUGAGCAUACUGGAUCUGAGCAGGUAAGUGCCCAUAACCCUGAAAGAAAGGAAUCUAAUGACUGGCUUAAUGUCGAUGACAUUGAUGUGGUAUGACAUCAACGUGAAAACCUUCUCAAUUAUGAUUUAUGUACUACCUGCCUAUCUACAUUAUGUGAAUAUGUUGUUUACUGUUUGUUCUUCUGCAUUUAGACUUUUGAGAUUUGAAUGGUUGUAUAUAAAGCCCAUUAUAAAUUGGGUGUUUAUUUGUGUAAGAAAAAAUGCUAUAUAUUUCUAAACUUUGAUGUUAGAAAAAUGUAAAAUUUGCCCAUUCAAUAAUUUAUGUCAUAUUCUAAUGAAUAUGUGAAGUUA